AUGACAUUUAAUCGUCGUGCCCCGACAGGCCGAGGCUCUGACAGCGAGGUCAGGGGGGGACAGAAAUGGACCAGGGAGGACAUGGGUGGGGCAGAGAGACACAAAGGCUCUCUCAGUCCCCCUGUAACCCCUCUCCUAUGGCUUAACUCUCUGGAAUACACCUGGAACACGACCCCGGGCCACGAUGACACCAUCUCAGUGAUCCGGGGAUGGGAGGAAUCCCUCUUGAAGGACACUACUCCAGUACUCCAGUAUACAGUACUCCAGUAUACAGUACUCCAGUAUACAGUACUCCAGCAUACAGUACUCCAGUACUCCAGUAUACAGUACUGCAGUAUACAUACUCCAGCAUACAGUACUCCAGUACUCCAGUAUACAGUACUGCAGUAUACAGUACUCCAGUAUACAGUACUGCAGUAUACAGUACUGCAGUAUACAGUACUCCAGUAUACAGUACUCCAGUAUACAGUACUCCAGCAUACAGUACUCCAGUACUCCAGUAUACAGUACUCCAGUAUACAGUACUCCAGUAUACAGUACUCCAGCAUACAGUACUCCAGUACUCCAGUAUACAGUACUGCAGUAUACAGUACUCCAGCAUACAGUACUCCAGUACUCCAGUAUACAGUACUCCAGUAUACAGUACUCCAGUAUACAGUACUCCAGCAUACAGUACUCCAGUACUCCAGUAUACAGUACUGCAGUAUACAUACUCCAGCAUACAGUACUCCAGUACUCCAGUAUACAGUACUGCAGUAUACAGUACUCCAGUAUACAGUACUGCAGUAUACAGUACUGCAGUAUACAGUACUCCAGUAUACAGUACUCCAGUAUACAGUACUGCAGUAUACAGUACUGCAGUAUACAGUACUGCAGUAUACAGUACUCCAGUAUACAGUACUCCAGUAUACAGUACACAUACUGCAGUAUACAGUACUCCAGUAUACAGUACUGCAGUAUACAGUACUGCAGUAUACAGUACUCCAGUAUACAGUACUCCAGUAUACAGUACACAUACUGCAGUAUACAGUACUCCAGUAUACAGUACUCCAGUAUACAGUACACAUACUCCAGUAUACAGUACUGCAGUAUACAGUACUGCAGUAUACAGUACUCCAGUAUACAGUACUCCAGUAUACAGUACACAUACUGCAGUAUACAGUACUCCAGUAUACAGUACUCCAGUAUACAGUACACAUACUCCAGUAUACAGUACACAUACUGCAGUACACAGUACUGCAGUAUACAGUACUGCAGUAUACAGUACUCCAGGCUGUCUGCAGAGCUUCACUACAGCAAAGGUAG